GACUGUAUCCUGUCCUUUCCAAAAAUAUCAUAUCGGCUUGACAGCAGCUACAAAGAUCUGGAAAUACUUGACCCAGAAGAUUUGAAUGAUUACCACCCUUUAGCUGAAUACUGCGUAGCUGGACAACUGAUGGUGACACCUGUUACGUGCCUCCUGCAUUGAAAGUGAUGGCCCUGUUACUGCGAGUCCAUGUCAGUCCAAAACUUAUCAGAAAAAUCCAACUGUCCACUGUUCCAGAAUCUGUGAAGCAGCUUCAAGAUGAACUACAAGCAAAGCUUGGACUUGAAGGUGACUUUGCAAUACAAUAUGAAGACCCAGAUUUUGGGAACGCACUUUGCAACCUGAUGGAUAUUAAUGAGCUACCCGCUGGACGGGCAGUGUUGCACCUCAUUUGGGAGGAAAAUGCAUCAGCCUCGCCACCACAGACUCCAUCUGAUCAUAGCGCCAUCUCAUCUAUUGAUACAGCCAGUGUGAGUUCAGCAUCUUCUUUAAGCCCAUCCUCAUCAACCCAUACCUACAUGCGUAGCACUUCACAGUGGCCAAAUCCAUUUCCUAUCCCAAUCUUUUCCUAUGAUGUAGAGUUAAAACUUCGCAAGGGCAAUGAGGUAUAUGAGAAAGCAGGGGCAAAUUUAAGUGUAACAAGAGACAUCAAGAUGGAAAUUCUAGACAAGCUGGCACAAGAAAUGUUUGCAAUCAAAGCCUACCCUGACAAGAAUGAAAUAACAUCUGUUGCCCAGGAGCUAGUUUCUAAACAUCCCUGCCUCAAAGAGCCCGGCAAUGGCACAGGAUAUGAUGGUUGGGCAACAAGCAUUAAGUUCAAGCUUGGCAACUACCGUUCCAAGCUAAGUCAAGCUGGAUGUAGUGAAGUUGCAGUCAAUCGAAAAAGAAGAGGGGAAGAAGAUGACAGUGGAUCAAAUAGAUUUUCCUUAAAGAAACCAAAGCGAGGUGAAGUCAACUUUAUCCCUGAUGCCCCAGAAAACUACAAUGAUGAGUCUCUUGAAAAUGAAAGAUGCAUUUUGGAAGAUGAAAUGAAGAAGAGGGAUAAGAACAUGGCACUCAUCACCCAAAAGAUGGACAUCACAUUCUCUCUCAGGAGGAAAGAAGUUGUGGAGAUGCAGCCCUUGGUCAAGGAAAUGCAGCUCAGAUGGCCAGCUCUCUUCUUGAAAGAACAGAUUUGUGCGGAAUUCUCACGCAUUACCACCAAGGAUCUCAUGGGGACCUUCAUGACUGCGCUUGACACUUACUCACUUCGGCUGAUUAAGCUGUAUCGAGUUAGAAAAGCUGCUUUCCGCAAUGACAUGGAUUCCCUGUUGCAGAAGUUUGAUGAACAGGUCUCAAACAUAGUCCAGCAUCGGCGAACCAUCAGUUUGGAAGGGUUACCGAUAUUUGUUCGCGACGACGAGACCAAACUCUUCUUAACAUGUCUGGAUACAGAUCCAGUUGAGAGGAUAACCCGAGGUGUUACGGUGGGCAUCCUCACUGUUAUGGAGGACUACGUGGGACCCAACUCGCAGUCCACAGUGAUCAACACUGCCAUUGUUCUGGAAGAGGACAUUAUUCUUGAUGAUCUGCCAGACCUUCCCACUGCCUUUGCCUACCUGUUUGGCCUACUUUAUGGGCUCAACAUGGAGUUUCCCAAAGAACUCAAGUACACAUUUGAAGCUGUGCAACACAUUUUUAUGGAGUUGACAUCUACCUGUUCCCAGAGGAUAAGAAGCUUCAAAACCAAGCUCUUAACCAAAGUCUAACCUAU